AUGGCAGCUGCCUUUGGUGGCCACGUUGGUGCUGUGCAGGCUCUCGUCGAUGGUGAUGCAGAUGCCAAUGCACAGAAUUCCAGGAGGAAAACUGCAUUACACCAGGCACCCCUUCUGUUUGACCGCAUAGGCGUGGCUAAGGCCCUUGUCGAGGCAGGGGCAUUUGUGAACCUGGAAGACAACAAAGCAAACACCCCCUUGCACAUCGCCUCCCAGUUCGGCGCCAAGAACAUUGUUUCCUACCUUCUCACAGUUGGUGCUGACCCCGAGGCUGUCAACAGUGAGUCGCUGACGCCUCGCGAGAUUAUCUGCGACUGUCUGGAAUUCGCGGAGUUCCCCUCGUCACUGCAGUGCCCAAAAGGAAAAUGUGACAGCGGAGAUGACAUCAGCAGCAUACGCAGAAUCAUCGAUGGGGAAAGAACGGCACUGGAACAGGAAUGA